AUGGAUCAUCCCAAGGUGACGGACGUGCCGUCCAGUCUCCACGGAACCUCCGAAUGGAUCUCUGCCUUCGCGGUGCGACAAGGGGUGGAGGACUCGGACUUUGGGUUUCGGCACCUGUACACUCUGGCCGGAAAGAAUCCAUCGAGGUUCGUGACCCUGCGCAAGCAUCAGGCCGAAAACAUCGGCCAGGACCUGUCGGUUCGUAAGGCAUUGCUGAGUGUCUGCGGCGCGGUGCCCUGA